AUGGGGAGGGAGUGGGAGGAGGAGGAGGAGAAGAAGCUGUACGUGCGGGAGUGGGGCGAUGGGGUUGUGAAGGAAGAGAGGAUAGUUGAAAUCAUUGACCUGGAGGGGGAGGAAACUGAAAACGAGGAGGAUGAGAAGAAAGAGGAGGAGGAGGUGGAGAUAUUGGAGUUGGACGAGAGCGAAGGGGACGAGGUGAAAGAGAGGGGAGGAGUGAUGAAGUCCCAGGGCAGGGGAAGAGAGCGAGGGCCAUGGGGUGGGCGAGUGUGGGGCCUCCGUUUGUGGGGGGGGUGGUGUGCGGUGUGUGGCGCGACGUGUUUGAACGAGAGCAACUACAAGUUCCACCUCAAAGGCAAACGCCACCGCUCCGCCCUCGCUGCCUCCCAUGCUGCCGCUGCUGCUCCUGCUGUGCAUGUACUAUGA